GCGCGACAGCGCGCGUCGCUUCAGUGCGCAGGUGGAUGUCUGCGCACAAUAGCGCGACUGUCUCGCGCCACAGGUACUAGCUGGACUCAGGUGUUGUAACACGACACUGAACCAUGUGAUCAACGAUGAGAAUUUAGGAAGAAGAAAAAAAAAAAACAGCUCGAGCAUUCACUCAACACACUAGUAAAUACCAACCACACAAGACCACCAUUGAUAGCAGGGCAGGAUCUCGAAGGACAAUGUAUUAUUAUUAUUAUGAGCAGGACGCCGGAGAGUCGAGCUAGUUUCGGUUUAAAUACUUCAUGUCACCGGUAAGGUGAGGCGGAAGCGGGCUACGGUCAGAUCUAUUGGAUAUAUAGUCUACAUAUAUUCGUCGGGAAACAUCGUGGAUUAUGAAGGUGGACACACAGCUUGCUAGAGACAGAUAGGACUGUUUUUAUUCUUUGAUCUCGGACAUGAUUUAUUGAUCACCUCUACCCGGAGCAUCAGCCCCUUCUUGGUUGAAGGUAGGGGUGCAGAUUGACUCCAUCCUGGAGAUGAUACGGCAGGUUGGGCUAUUGGAAGGGAGUUUUCUGCUGCUGCUUCUCAGGAAUGUUUCGGCCCAGGGGGAAACGACCACAAUGCCAAGUAACUCUACAACUCCCAGCCCAGGCCCUAAUAUUGUGGCAAUUGUGGUACCAACUGUGGUUCUGGGACUGCUGGCUAUUUUGACAGCGGUUCUGUUGUUUCUGUUCUGCGUGGUGAAGAAGAAGAGACAAACGGAAGGGACGUAUCGACCCAGCACAGAGGAGCAGUCAGGGGUGCGUAGUGUAGAGACGCCUGAUGCUCUGAAACUACCCAAGGAGGAGAGACUGAUUUGACACACUGGUUUAUGACUAACCUACUGCACAUGAUAACAGUGACUCAAUUCCAAAAUGGUUAAACGGAUAAACAUUAACUAAGGAACGUUUCUGAAGGCACAAGGCACAAACUUAGCCCUAUGUUUUGGCUAAACAAAGCGAGUCUGACUACUUGGAAGAAACUUGAAGGAACAGAUUCUCUCUCCAAAAGGCAACAUAUUGAUCGGCACGUGCAGCUCUCUAGCAUUUUAUGCCAUUUUAGCCUGGUAGCUUUUCUCUGAAUACUUCAUUUUGUGUUGUGUUACCUGUUUUAAUGGUUGCGUUACAUAUACAAAUGCUGAUGUUUUUAUGUAGUGUUAAGAUAAAUUUAAAGGUGAAGCAUGUAAUUUCUGCACCCCUAGUGGCACAAAACAGAAUUGCAGUUUGUUUGUUUUGCAUUCAGAAUGGGCCAGACUUAAAAGGGAUC